UGAAGAGAGGUAUGCGACCUUCUUUAUUUCCCCUUCACAGACGUCCUUGAGCCCUUGAGACGGAUGUGAGCGAGGUUUUCAGCCCUCAUGCAAAACAACCAUCUAAACAUAACAGAUGACAUCAGCUUGGGCUUUUUCAAUUCCUGGAUGGCAGCAACGUGUUAAUCCAGCCUUCAUCCUGGAUUUCAUAAACUAAAACAAGAGUGGCUGGCAGAAGGACAGAGCUGCCGCUGGCUUGAGGAAAUUGAUGACGGGGAAGCAUGCGGGCAACCCAGUGUAUAAAACUCCUAAACGUGUAGGCAAAGGCUUAGCUACCACUUUGGUUUUGACAGCUGCUUCUCACCAGCAAAGACCACACGGCAGGGAGCCGAGCCCGAGCCAGCUGGGAAACAUGAAGAGCCUCUUGCUGCUGACCACGCUCCUGGUCCCUGCGCACCUGGCCAUGGCCUGGAGCACCAAGUACGCGGUGGAUUGUCCAGAUCACUGUGACGGCAGCCAGUGCAGAAGCAGCCUGCGCUGCAAGAGGACAGUGCUGGAUGACUGUGGCUGCUGCCAGGUGUGCGCAGCAGGGCUGGGAGAAACCUGCUAUCGCACAGUGUCGGGCAUGGAUGGAGUCAAGUGUGGUCCUGGGCUGAGGUGUCAGUUUUACAGUGAGGAGGAUGAUUUUGGUGACGAGUUUGGUAUCUGCAAAGAUUGCCCCUACGGCACCUUUGGGAUAGAAUGCAAGGAGACCUGCAACUGCCAGUCCGGUAUCUGUGACAGGGUGACGGGGAAAUGUCUGAAAUUUCCCUUCUUCCAGUAUUCAGCAGCCAAGUCUUCCAGCAGGAGAUUUGUCUCACACACAGAGCGUGACAUGGCUUCUGGAGAUGGCAAUGCUGUGAGAGAAGAAAUUGUGAAAGAGAACACUGCUCAAUCUCCAGGAACAAAAUGGCUAAAUCCCCGCUGAUCUGAGGAAGUUCCAAGAGGAGGCUCUUUUUUAAGUGAUUGUUCAACACCCAGCCAAUGUUUUAAGAGCUGUCUAGUUAGAGCAUAUGGACAUGUAAUUUUUGGAGAUCAAGUGUGAGUGAAUUUAGAAU